CAGGUGUGAAGAUGUCCGCUCCUCUCUCCGGGUUUGGACGCCGUGUCCCGGCUAUCUGUCCGGUGGGUCUGUGUCCGCAGCUCCGGAGGGGUCUUCCGGUGAGGUGUCCGCCGGGGACUCGGUGGCUGUCACGCGCAGGAGCAGGUACCGGAGCUGAAGCUAACGUGCUAAUGUCGGUGGGCUUCGCAUGCUAAUCGAUAAACGCUGUCCUCGCGGAGGACACCUGAGACCGCUGGAGGGCGUCCGAGUGUUGGACCUGACCAGAGUUCUGGCGGGCCCCUUCGCCACCAUGAUACUGGGAGAUCUGGGAGCUGAGGUGAUCAAAGUGGAGCGACCAGGCGCAGGCGACGACACCAGAGCCUGGGGUCCUCCGUUUGUCGGAGCAGAGAGCGCCUAUUUCCUCAGCGUCAACCGAAACAAAAAGGUGAGUGUGUGUUCUUUGCUUUUCACUGGUUACUGUUUGUCUUCCUGCUGAGAUUUUACUCACCUGUGGAUUUUUUUUGGCAGCUGACGGUCAAAUGUCAGCCGCCUUAGAUGUUAUUGUUUCCACGUCUACCUGAGUAUUAACACACGGACAUAAAAUAUACAUAAAAACACUUUUUUACUGUGCGGUCGCUCGCUGCAGUGACGUGAAUUUGACCUUUAAAAUACA